GGGCUCAAUUAGGCGCAGGAGCAUAGCGUCACGGAAGUCAGGCCCGCCCUCUGCCCGCGAUGGUGACGGGCAGCUGCCCGUGCAAACCACGCUCCGAAUUUGGUUUUAAAGGUCAUGAUGCGAGCAGAAGAGGUUCUUUCAUUUCGUUUCGUUUCGUUUCAUUUUGAGGAUGGAUUCCUAGCAGGUAAUUAACUUUACGUGGGCUUUGUGGCGCGGUUCGAUCGGGCGAUGGCGGAGAUCUGCUGUGGAGUGGUGGGCAAGAGCGAGGCGGGGUCCUCUCCCUGCGAACCGAGUUCGCGGACGGCGAGGCGCCGGAGAAUGGAUGUGCGACGGUUCAGGUUCGUCGACGCCGGGGAUGGAAGCGAACAGAAACGUCGGAGAUUGGAUGUUACUCCGCCGUCUCGAGUGUGCGAAAACACUACGGAGAGGUUUGCAUCGGACUCGGAAAAGGAGUCCUGCUCGGUUUCGAGUCUAAGCUCGUCUCCGUCAACGGUUCAAGUGGGCGCGGAGUCGUCGUACGAGUUACCGAAGUUCGGCGUAGUGUCCAUCUGUGGCAGAAGGAGAGAGAUGGAGGACGCAGUGGCCACUCACCCGUCUUUGUGCGUCUCCGGGCAGGGUUCAAGUACCGAUAUGCAUUAUUACGGUGUCUACGACGGUCACGGAUGCUCACAUGUGGCGAUGAAAUGUAGAGAUCGGUUGCAUGAGCUGGUGAAGGAAGAGUUGGAGAACAGUGAAUCGCUGGAAGAGUGGAAGGAGGCGAUGCGGCGGAGCUUCUCUCGCAUGGAUAAGGAGGCGACUGCGUGGAAUGAAUUAGCUGUGUUGGGCGCUACUUGUCGAUGUGAGCUUCAAUCGCCAGAGUGCGAUGCGGUUGGAUCUACGGCCGUUGUGGCGAUCGUUACACCCGAAAAGAUUCUCGUUGCAAACUGUGGCGAUUCUCGCGCCGUGCUGUGUCGCAAUGGCAAAGCUGUUCCUCUCUCGUCCGAUCAUAAGCCGGAUCGACCGGACGAACUCCAGCGGAUCCAAGGAGCCGGGGGUAGAGUAAUAUACUGGGAUGGGGCGCGGGUUCUCGGAGUUCUGGCCAUGUCCAGGGCCAUCGGCGACAACUACCUGAAACCGUACGUUAGCUGCGAGCCGGAGGUAACGAUCAAAGACCGAACGGCAGAGGACGAGUGCUUGAUUUUGGCGAGCGACGGCCUGUGGGACGUGGUGUCGAACGAGAUGGCUUGUGGAGUUGCGCGGAUGUGCUUACGCGGGAAGGCUCCGCCGCCCCCGCCGUCCACGGGCAACGAGGCGUCCGGUGAAGUCUCCGACAAGGCAUGCUCCGACGCUUCAAUGCUUCUAACGAGGCUGGCUCUCGCCCGGCGGAGUACCGACAACAUAAGCGUGCUUGUCAUCGAUCUCCGGCGGGGUACAUAGCAGAGUAGGGCGAGAAAGUACUUUCCCGGCAGAAAAUGUUAAAAUUAAAAAAAAAAAAAAAAAAAGUGUUUGUUGAUUUCGAUCUCUCUAGUUUAAAUCUCUCUUUUUAUUUUUCCCCUAAAUUUUUUAUUUGGUUAUUUAAUUGUUGAUCAGAAUUGGGAAUAGUCGAAGAGGAGGGGAAGGGACAAAGUUGCAAAUGGGAGAGUAUUGUAACUUGAGAAUUGAAAAAAAAUGCCGGAUAUGUUUGGAUCAAUGGAGGUUUGUGUGGUUGCCAUUUUGUCGUUUUGAAGUUGCGAAUUAAUGCGAUUCGAUUGGCAAA